UUCACUCUCUCAACCAAUUUUUUUUUUUUUUUAAAAAAAAAGAGUAAAAACUAUCAACAAUUUUUUCUACCAUCAGUUUCACCCUGACAGAAAAAGAUUUCAAGCAUUAAAAAAAAAAAAGACAAGAAACUAAACUAAAAUAGGGUUUCAUUUCAUGGAUUCUCCUAAAACCACCACCAUCACCACCGCAACAACCACCAUCUCCGCCACCACCACUGUCAGUUUAUCAGAUUCUCCUCCAGUUCAAGAAUCCCCGUUUUCUAAUUACGUAAGCAGGCUAUCCCCUAUUAAGCCUGUCAAGGCUUCGCAUGUAGCACAAGGACUCCUAGGAAUAAAUUCUCCUCCACUUGUCUUCACGUCACCACGGACAUUGUCAGACCGCCAAACAAAUUUCAUGCGAAGGUUUCAAUGUCCUCAGAUAUCUGGGGCAGAGAUAUCUAAGAAUAAUGGUGGAAGCAAGAAGUCUGCUGAUGGUCCAAAGGACCUGAGGAAAUCUAGCACCUAUUUGAAUAGCAGGCUGAUUAUUGAUGUCCAGAAGAGCAAUAAUAUCAACAACAACUCUGAACAAAACCAACCUGGCAGCUUCUCAGGGUGCGUUGAUGAGUACUUAUCUGAUCCCGUGGAUGUAGAUUGUGCAGACUCUGUUAAUUUGGUAAGCCAAAAUGUGAAAAGAUCUGACGAUGCACAUCAGUCAUCAGAAAGUAAUUUAACCAACUCGAAAAUAGAUAUACUAGAAUCAGAUGGCAUAAUUGAUAUGGAGACAAAAGGGGAUGCGUCUCAGGCCAUGCCUGAGCAAGAUGGAGAGGAUCCUAAGGAGCAGUCAACAUCUGAAACUAAGAAGGAAAAAAUUGAAGAGGAAGGAAACAUUGUUGAACGACCAUCUCAUGUCUGCCCAAAUUUUGUGUCUGACUUGCUUGUGGACCAUGCUUCCAGGCAACAACAAUGUGACACUUCAGGGGCUCAGGCUGCUCCUCCACUUGAAGAUUAUGGUGAGGAUGGGGGAACUGUCUUGCAUGGACCUGUUCAACUCAUAACACACCAUGGUUCAGAGGUCAGUCAGCUCCAUCGUGGCAUGAGUAGACGCUGCCUUCAGUUUGAAGAAGCUCAACAGAAAACUCCUAUGGAUGGCACAUAUUCUCUUGAUUCAGCAAUCACUAUAAUUGGUUCAAUAUCAUCUUCCAAUACAGAAUUGGAGAUUUUGGAUUCAUCUCAGGUGAAGUUACCUAGCUCUUCCAGCAAGAAGCAAACUAUGUUUGUGUCCAAGCCAUCCGGUUUUGGCUUGCAUCUCAAUAGCAUUGUCAACACUUUGCCAAUAGGAUGCAGUGCAUCAGAACCUAUCAUGAGCCACCAUUCAGCUGGGUACAAAAUUAGUUGCUCCAAACUACCCAGUUUAGUUGAAAGAGUCUCUUCAACUGCGGGAGAUGAUGUGCUCCAAACUAAGGCUUCACUUGCCACAGGCUCUGCCAUUUCCGAGUCUCUUCACAACAAGGAAACUUUAAAUAAGUUGCAGCCACCUGAGCAUCAGAUAACCCUACACAAUAAUAGGAGAUUUAGCUCGGAGCAUGCUGACAAUUUUGAGGAGUUCAACCAAUCAAGCCCCAAGAAGAAAAGGAAGAAAGUAUCAAGCACUGAUGUUGAUGGUUGCAAACGUUGUAACUGUAAGAAGACUAGAUGUUUGAAACGAUAUUGUGAUUGUUUUGCGGCUGGAAUCUAUUGUGCCGAAACUUGUGCUUGCCAAGGGUGCUUUAACAGGCCCGAAUAUGAGGAUACUGUUCUUGAAGCACGUCAACAAAAAGAAUCACAUAAUCCACUUGCUUUUGCUCCGAAGAUUGUACAGCAUGUGACUGAGUUUCAUGCAAUCAUUGUGGAAGAUGCAGGCCUGUUUACGCCGUCCUCAGGUAGGCAUAAGACAGGAUGCAAUUGCAAAAGGUCAAUGUGUGUGAAAAAAUAUUGUGAAUGCUAUCAGGCUAAUGUUGGAUGCUCCAACGCUUGUCGAUGUGAAGGGUGCAAAAAUAUCCAUGGUAGGAAAGAAGAAUAUGGUAUGACUGGAGAAAUAGUAAGCAAUAGAGCUAAUGAAGAAAGGUUAGAAAGUAUGGCUGAUAACAAACUCAAAAUGAUUGCAAACAAUAAAUUUUUACAUGCCGAGCUAUAUGAUCCGCACAGCCUGACACCACCAACACCGUCAUUCGAAUACUCAAGCCAUGGAAAGGAGGCAGCAAAAUCCCGACUCCUUCCUGGUAGGUAUGUUCUAUCGUCCGAGCCUGAUUUUUCCAUGCUGCCAUCUUAUGCAAAAUCCACAAGUUCUCCUAGCAAUUCACAUGGCAAUGACAAGCUUCGCAAAACUAGUAAAACCCUGGACGUAGUUCCCCACAGCCAGGAACUGGAUUAUAACAUCACUGAAACAAUGGGACAAUUCUCACCACGAUUUGAUGAACUAGCCGAUUUUUCUGAUCAUACUCCAUUGCCAAAUCCUUCCCCCAUCAUGAUGGCUUCGUCUUCAUCUAAAACGCGGGACACGGCAAUUAUUUCACAGCUUUGUUUGUAUCCUGAAAGUGGCCGUCUCUCAUCUGGCGGUUCUCUUCAGUGGCGGAGUUCACCAAUUACGCCAAUGACUCGGUUAGGUGAGACCAAAACUCAAGCACUGGACUCCGGUUGUGGGCUUUAUGACAUUCUGGAAGACGACACUCCCGAAAUAUUUAAGGAAUCUCCUACCCCUGUCACAUCUGUUAAAGCAAGUUCUCCUCAUAAAAAACGAGUUUCUCCUCCUCGUGGUCACAUCCAAGAGUUUCAAUCGAGCUCUUCAGCAGGCUUGAAAAGUGGGCGCAAGUUCGUAUUGAAGUCUGUGCCUUCUUUCCCUCCCCUCACUCCCUGUAUCGAUCCCAAAGAUCGCACCCAACAGAAAUACUAGAAAAAUAGAUAUUUGUUAGUGACGUUGGAUAUACUUCAUUCAAGGAAAGUACAUAUGCAGCUAUGAUCCGAAGGAUCAAUUUUGUGCCAGGUUCGGAUAUGGACCACAUAUGAUUCUUAAUUGAUAAGUUAGGUACUUGAUUGUCACAAUCUUUCUUAAGUAGGUGUUUCUUAAGUAGGUGUCGAGUGACCACAGGUUCAGGGUAUACGUGAACUCAUGCAAGAGAUGCAGCCAGGCAUGAUCAUCAUAUGCAAUCUUUCAUGUUUGCUCCCUUUUCCAUUUUCAAUUCGUAUCAUUUUGUUUUGCAAUUGGAUGUUUCUACUGUUGAUUUGAUUUCAUUCAUGGUUGGUGGAAGGGCUGACCUUGUUUGUUAAAGAAUAUGGAGGAGGAUAGAAAGUUGUUGGAAGAGAAAGGAUAAUUAUUUUUCCCUUU